GGAAAAAAUUUCUUAUAGUGGUAAAUAUUACAACUUAAUUUGUGUAUAAAGCGCGAAUUAAGUCAGUUAUACUUUUAUAAAUGUUAUUUCUAACAAUUCACGUAAACUCGAACAAAUACAGACAUGGCUGCAUCCUCAGACGUUGCUACGAUCAAACUACAAAGAUACAUAAAUAUGCCAUUGGUACAAAGAUGCAAGGAAAUAGCAACGCUGAUAGAUGAAUCAAGCACAACAGAAUUGCAACAUGUAUUUUCCAUAUUAGUAGACUCGCUGUUCGGAAUAACUGAUAACAUUGGUUGGGGACUACAUAGCAUCACUUUUAAAAAAAAUCCACAGGAACAUGAAACGCUUUAUAACUUUCUUAAUCCACAAGGACCAGUUUUUUCUUUAUGUUAUAAGUUAUUGCCAGAUUGUUACUUGAAAUACAACUUCCCAGUUUCAUUUUUACCUGUAAAGAUACGUUCGAUGUUAGAGGAAGGAGUAAUACCUCCAUUUUAUCUAGACAAAAUCAGAGAUGACCAGGGUACACGUGGUGUAUCUGCUUUAAACAUGAAUCCCUUUGAAUAUUAUAUCUUCCACUUUGCAUAUCAUUUGACAAAUCCCUGGCUGCAGGUGCAGCAACAGGAGAAUAUUUGGAUCAAUUGGGAAACUGUUUAUGUUCAAUUGGCACACUGUUAUUUAUACCAUUUUCUACCUAAAGAUAAUUCUCCAGUUCUGCCAAUAAUUAGUCCAUACAUCAGGAAAACACCUCAACGAAAAUUAGUACAAUCACCCGAAUCUAAAAGAAAUUAUUACAGAAUGCAAACACCGCGACUUUUGAGAACGUCGAUAUUAUCACCAGGAUCUCCGAAUUCUACAACGAGCGUACCACAGCAACAAUGUUUACCGCAAGUUUGGAGAAGUGAAACCGUAGUGCAAGUAUUUCUCGACUUUUGGGUAGAAUACAUAGAAGAUGAUCAAUUAAAUCCACGAAUAAGCACAUCAUAUUCUGCGUCCGUUCCACGUCGACACAGCAUCCAUUCCGGAGAGCAUAUACGUUUAGUGCGAGCAUUUAUAAAAACUUUGCAUGAAUUUGCAAAUAGCUCGAUAGGUGACAAAAGUGCGAUGGAUGAACUUAAACGAAUUAUUUUGCCUUCUGUUCAAGGUAAAAUCUACACAUUCCUUCGGAAAGCCAUACAUCAUUGGCCAUUAGAUAGUUCCUUUAGAUUGAUUCUUGAAGCUUGGUUAAGUUUUAUUCAACCAUGGAGAUAUUUCCCUAGUAUAACGUAUACUAAGGAAGGUAAAGCAGAAGAGGAAGAGAGAGGAAAGAUACAUGAUGCAUAUAGAUGGAUGCCUUUCAUAGCACAUAAUCUACUAGCCUACACAGCUAUAUUUCAACAAUUACUUCCACGAUUUAUGAGAACAGAUCUUGUAGCUCCAAAGAAUGCGUUAAUGUUAUUCAGAGUUACAAAAGUUUUUUCGCAACCGUUUUUAGCAAAAAUAAUAUGCGAAAUAGAAAGUCACAUGGAUGAUGUUGGAUUAAGCAGAAGUCGAGUAUCUACAAAUCAAUGGACUUCAACUGUACGACAACAAAUUUUAGAGCUUGAAGGACCGACAUACCAAUAUGUUCUAAUGUUUUCUAUGGCUACUAUUUCACAGGUCGUAUGUCUAUUAGGCACAAUUAAACAAGCACAUUUAACAGCAACUAGUUUAAUCGAUGCAUUGGAGAAGAAGAGAAAAAACAGACCAUUUCUGUUAGCAAUAUGGGAAUUUUUUAAUGGCGAAGACUAUUCUUCGGAUGAUAUUGGUAUAGAAGAAAGGCGUCGUGUUCCUGUUUAUCUAGCGAAUGCACAGCAACAGUUAAUUGACAUUUUCGAGAUUAAAGUAGAAGACAUUCCUCAGGUAGCUAUUGAAGCUGACCAAGAAUACCACGAGAGUAUUCUAUCGACAUCCUUCUGUCACCAAUCACAAAUGGACUCUAGUUUAGAUACAAGCAAACCAGGUGUUUUUGUACCUAAUCAGAAAGAUAGACAGACAUGUCAAUAUAUCGAAUACAUGGGAGAUCCGGAAUUGCAACCAGUUCGAAGUAACGAAUGCGCGUUACUUGUUAGAAAUUUAUAUAAACUCUGUACAUACAUAAAUGUGAAGUACCGACAUAAGAUAACUAAGAUGUACCAUCGACGUGGUUUCUUCGGCAGCAUUUGUCGACAGAUAUUACAAUCACCAACGAAAGUCGUGAAACUACCAAAAAGAACACAAACUGGGUUGUCCAGCGGAUACGAGGAACGCAUUCCGCCUCGACUUAGUUUACGUCCGUUAGCUAAUUAUAGUCUACUUGUAAUCAUAAGUCUUGGAGUAUUUAUUGCUUGGUUUACAAAUUAUGGAGUCUUCACGGUCCUUGGGUUCGCCUUUGCUCUAUGGUUCGUAUACAUAAUAAUACGAGCAACGUUGGAACCAUGGACACGAUCAAACAGAAACACAUUCAGGGCUAAUACUACGGCAUUUUCUAUGAACUAAUCAAUCAUAAAAUUAUUUUAUUGUAUACAAAUUAACUUGCAUCACUGUAUAAUAUUCCAUAAUUUCAAAUAUCUAUUUAUAUAAGGAUAUAUAAUGUUUAAAAUUUUGAUAAUUUAAAGACAAUUUAAAGAAUCUGACAUACAUUAUUUUUUAAAGACGUGAAAAAUUGUCGUUUUUUAUACUUCCUUUUUAAAUGAUAAUAUUAUAUGUGUGAUUAAAAACAAAAUUAAUAUUUUUAAAACACAAUUAAAAUUCAGCAGAAGUUGCUAUAGAUUAGCAAAAUAAAAUUCAUAAUAUCAGCGUUGUAAAUUAGCUUUUCAAAUCUAACUGCGAAUACUGAUAGAGUGGUUAUUAUUUAAUCAAUAUGACAUACAGAUAACUGAUCAUUUUUGUCGAUCGAGUGGAGCAUACAUUGCAUCGCGUAAGUACGAAGGGGUUCGUUAACGUUGAUAUUGUGAGUCGGAAAAUUGAUAUUGGACAGGGGCAGGAACGUUCCAGAUGAAAGGAACAUAUAGAAGAAAAUCGAAAGAUAGAAUAAUUUUCUUUCAUUCCAUAUUGACUUUUUUUCUCAAUCGCCCUUUAAAAGUAUAAUUUUAAGAAAUUUAAGAUAACUUUUUUCUUAAACACAUUUUAUACAAAAUAUCAAGAGAACUCUACACCACGGAUAUACCGUAUAAAAUAACUGUCCUUUUAAUUGGAUCCCGCUAGUCGUCACAAGGCUUUAGCAAUAUGUUUUGCGUUGCCCUAGGUGGAGACCACCUGAAUUAUCACACCAAGUUAACUACUACACACCUAUAUAGAGCAGUCAUAAUAAAGCGUACUACACAACGAACUCAAUUGAA